AUGCCUUCUUCAGAACCAUUCGAAGUCGAGUUCGUGUCACCAAUUCAAACGACUUUCGUCGAUCCCGUACGGGAAGAUCAAAUCUUCAACCAGUCGGAGAAGAAGAAGAAGAAGCAUGCAAAGGGCAAUAGCGAUGAGACGGUGACGAGUGUUGUUAUUAGAGAUGUGGAGGAGGGAUAUAAGGAGGAAGACCAAGGGGUAAAGGUUGUUUCGUUCACACCUGGUACGGGCGAAAAUCCCAAAGAAUGGGGAAAGGCAAAGAAAUGGUACAUCACCAUUACAGUUUCCUUCCUCUGUUUAGCCGUAACUCUUGGAAGUUCAACCGUUACGGGAGACAUGACGGGCCCCACUAAAGAAUUUGGAACCUCUCAAGAAAUUAUCAAUCUCACCAUCACUUGUUUCGUUAUCGGCUUUGGAAUAGGACCACUCAUUUUUGCACCUCUAUCCGAACUUGUUGGCAGGACACCUAUGUACCUCGUCAGCAUGUUCUUCUAUUGUAUUUUCACACUUCCGAGUGCGCUGGCGCAUAAUGCGGCUACCCUGGUUAUCGCUCGACAAAUAGCUGGACUUGCCGCCUCUGCACCCAUGUGUAAUGUUGGUGGAAGUAUCGCAGAUAUUUGGUCCGUUGAAGAACGUGGUAUUCCCAUGGCGUUCUUUUCAUUUACCAUCUUCAUGGGACCCUGUCUAGGCCCUGUAAUGGGAGGCUGGAUUGGAGAACGUGCGGGUUGGCGAUGGCUAUACUGGGUCCUCUUCAUCUUUUCCGGCUUCUGUUUCGUCUUGACAUUGUUCCUUCCCGAAACGCUCGCACCUGUUGUCCUCCGCCGGAAAGCCGCCAAGUUGCGCAAGGAGACCGGGGACUCCAGCUAUCGAACUGUGGAAGAAAUCGAGGGGAAACCGUUCAUGCAAAACCUGAGGGUUGCGCUUUCGAGGCCUCUUAUCAUGCUGUUUACUGAGCCUAUUGUGAUCAUGUUCUCCAUCUAUCUUUCCUUCGUCUAUGCACUGCUCUAUCUGAUGUUCUUUGCGUUCCCCAUCGCCUUUGCGGAAAUUCGUCACUUCAGCGGGGGCAUGACAGGUGUUACCUUCGUCAGUAUCAUCAUCGGGAUUGGCAUUGCUAUGUGUUUGCUGCCGUUCAACGAGAAAAUUUACGCAGCUCUUACAAAGAAAGGAACCUACCCCGAAGCCCGUCUUUAUGGAAUGAUGCUUGGAGCUAUAGUUUUGCCCAUAUCGUUGUUCAUGUUCGCCUUCACCGGAGCCUUCGCCCGUAUCCAUUGGAUAGCUCCUUUGAUCUCUGGUGCCGUCUUUGGGUUCUCGAUGAUCGUCAUCUACGUCUCCGCGAACUCGUACAUCGUCGACAGCUAUUCCGCCUAUGCUGCUUCGGCUAUCGCAGCCAAAACACUCCUUCGAUCUGAAAUUGCUGCUAUGGUACCCCUUUUCGUCGAUCAGAUGUUCCACGGGAUGGGAUUCCAGUAUGCUGGACUGUUGCUUGCGCUCGUUGCUGUGGCGAUUGGACCCAUUCCGUACGUAUUCUUUAUCUAUGGAGAACGUAUAAGGAAGAGAAGUGUUAUGGCUACGCAAGCUGUUAGAAGGCGUUGA